CGAUACUUUUAACGUGAAAUCGUACACUUCCGUUCUGACCCUGGCUAACGCGUUUGUGUAUUAACUGUUAGCCACGUCUCACCGCUGUUCCACACCUCGUAACUUCAGGUUGACAUUGUUUCCCUUCAGUACGGUUUGUGGAGUUAAAGAACGAAAGGUCAGUCAGUGUAGCUAUCGACUUAACGCUGCAUCGCGCAUCGUUGACGCUCGACUUCGGUUAUUUUGGAUCUUAUAGCUAGCUAACGGUAGCGUUAGCAAAGCAGCUGCAGGGAUGGCGGAGGUUCCAGGGACAUCAAGUGAGACCAUAACGGAGACAGUUCAGACGAGCACACCGCCGCCGCCCCAGCAGGAGGGGCGAAGCUUGACAAUCAAGUUGAGGAAGAGGAAGACUGAGAAGAAGGUGGAGUGGUCUAGUGACACUGUUGACAAUGAACACCUGGGAAGAAGGUCUUCAAAGUGCUGCUGCAUUUAUGAGAAGCCCCGACAGUUUGGAGAAUCUUCCUCUGAGAGUGAGGGAGACGACGACGACGAAGGGUGUGGCAGCGCUCACUGCAUCCUGGGCCACGGCAGGAGAGGCCAUGGACAAACAGGGGGUGGGGGGACCACAGUACCCCCAAACUCUGGGGGGUCACACACGCACUAACGAAAUGCAGGGCUGAUUGUGUGGUCUGAGGGCCAUUUGGCGCCAUGACAAUGACACAUUUAAAAAAAAAACUGCACUCUUGUUUUAGUUUAGUUUCAUCACUGAGGUUCAGGGCUGAUUGCUGGGUUUCAGUCCUGAGUCCAAAAGUCCCAGCUGCUGCAGCACGAUAGCAGCCUCUGUACCGCUGCUCCUCUCGGGGAAAGUCAUAGCCACAUCAUGGACUGCUGAAUUAGGCUCACUGAAAAUACUUUGCUGGCCUCAAAGCACGCUCGGUAGUGUGCCAACUUGCAAACGAAACGUGGACUGAUAACUCAUUUUAAGUCACUGCGAUUCAAAUUGAAAUUAAAGGAACAAUUUAGUGUUUUUCCAAUAAAUUCCACACAACAUGCAUGACAUCACUGCUUUACCCUUUUCCAGAGUGUCAUAGUUUAGUGCAGAGUUUGGAAAUGCGUUUCUGUUGGUUUCUCUACACUAGGAAAAUAAACUGAGGUUUGAACUGAGUUGUGUGGGCAUGGAGUUGGGGUUCGUUUUCUGAUCAUCUGCUAAGUGACAAAUCUAUCAACCCUGUGAUCUGGGUUUUUUCAUCUUCUCCAGUUAAUGGUUUAGAAUGUCAGAAAGUAAUUUUUUUUUUUUUUCGUCUAUUUUUCCUUCAUCCAGAAAUCUCAUUUCUGUGCUUUGCACACACCCAGUGGACCAGGAAGAUAUAUAAUAAUUUAUCAGCUAAUGCAAUUUUCAUGCUGAUUCAAGCCUUCCUGUUAAGAACCUUACAGAAUUCCAAAAGUGCUUUGGAAAAUGGCCACCAGUAGUAAUGUCAUGUGUGUUUGUGUGAUUUGUCAUGAAUGAGCUAAAGCAUAUCAGAUCAGUGCAGUGUGUGCAGUCAGGCUGCACGCGCCCCAGCAGCAUGUGGGACUUUCCGACUGCGAGGCAUCUUUGGGACAGAGGAUGCACUACCUUUAGGGGUCUGAAAUAGCUGAAGGUGGAGAGGCCAUAAAAUGCUGUCUGGCUGAAUUAUGUCGACAGAGUUAAAUGUAUAUAAUACAGCAUAUUGUUUUUAAAAAUGUAGUUUUCUAAUUUAUUUGCUCAGUCUUCAUUCCGAACUUGCUCAUAUUUGACAUGCAGCUGAGACCAGUCUUGGAGCAACACUUUACAAAUCAGUGUGUGAGGAUUAGAGUGGACUGGAUACUGGACAUCAACAAAUAACACACUUAGAUUAGGCUCGUUUUAGCUGUUUCUGCAUUGUGGACCAGUUUUAAAGCUAAUGCUGACUGAACAUAUGAGGCAAGGCUCUGAAUAGAGUUCACUGAAGUGGGGUUGUAUGAGGUACUGUUCUGUGGUCAGUAUAUGAUCUUAAUUAGAUGGUGGGAGGCAGGCCCCAGUGCUGUAACAUGAUUUAAUAGAUUAGUUCAGAUCCAAACACCACUUUGAAACCCGUAAGUCAGACAAUAACACAAAGUAACCACUGGAGGCAGCAGAUGCAAAAUACUUUAUACUAUUCAAAUGAAUCCAUAUUCAAAGAAUGAACUAAUAUUUUGCAGGAUUAGUGCCUUUCUUUAAAGUAUAUCAUUUCCCCACAGUUAGUACCAAGUUACACACUUGUCUCCAGAAAACCUCUGUGACUGUAUUAGGAAGUAAUAGAUCAACAAAAACAAGAAAGUUAGGAAAAAAAAAACAGAAUAAACAUGUAGAUUAUUGAAAUAUAGUAAACAGUUUAAGUACAUGUACAUAUGCAUGCAAACAUAUGUUUCGAUUUACAUACAGAAAAAUUACUACUUUAAAUGAGUUUUAAGUAUUGCUAUAUGACUUUAGUUCCCAGGUCAUACAGAUUCAUCUUGUUUUGUGGCCUGUCAUCUGAUCUUUACUUUGGCAGUAAGGUGGUUAUAAAUAAAAACAUAACUAGUGUUAGCUGAUGUUUGCGCCGACACAUAAGCCAGUAUAACAGAAUUGGCUGAUGAAAUAGUUAAAA